UUUGAGUGGUAAAACCAAGCAUGCCGGCAGCAGCAGGAAGUCGUUUUCUCCCUCGCCUUUUUUUCUUCCUUGCAAUUAUUGUUUUUUUGUCGCUGCCGUCGUCACCGUCGUCACCUUACGAAUAUCUCCUCGUCGUCAUCUUUAUGGCCUAUCGAAUCUCUGGAAGAGGAGCAAGGAUGGCUGCUGCUGCUGCCCCUCCUGUCGAGGCCCCCGCCUCUUCUUCAAGGGCAGAUGAGGUUGUCGUUGUCGUGGCCGGGAGAUAUCAUCUCGUGAGGAAGAUUGGGUCAGGCUCUUUUGGAGACAUAUAUUUGGCCUACAACAUAAAUAGGGAGGGCUUGGAGGAGGUAGCUGUGAAGAUAGAGAAGAAGAAGGCUCGAUACCCUCAGCUAGUUUUUGAAAAUAAGGUCUACACAGCGUUACAAGGGGGAAUCGGAAUUCCACGAAUUCACUCGUUCGGACAAGAAGGAGACUAUAAUUUUUUGGUUAUGGACCUUCUUGGAUCCAGUUUGGAGGAAUUAUUUAACACCUGUUCUCGCCGCUUCAGUAUGAAGACUGUAUUGAUGUUGGCUGAUCAAAUGAUUGCUCGGGUGGAGUAUAUUCACUCUAAAAACUUUAUUCAUCGUGAUAUCAAACCCGACAAUUUUCUCAUGGGGGGUGGCCGUCAUUCGAGCAGGUUAUACUUGAUCGAUUUUGGGCUCGCCAAGAAGUACCGCGAUCCUCGUAUGGGUCAGCACAUUUCGUACCGAGAGAAUAAAAACUUGACUGGAACAGCUCGUUACGCCUCGAUUAAUGCCCAUGUCGGAAUUGAACAAAGUCGACGCGACGACAUGGAGUCGCUUGGAUAUUUAUUGAUGUAUUUCGUCAGAGGUGGUCUUCCCUGGCAAGGGUUGAAGGCGGCCGGGAAGAAGCAGAAGUAUGAAAAAAUAGCGGAAAAAAAAAUGACGACGCCUUUCGAAGUGCUGUGCAAGGGGUAUCCACCGGAAUUUGCUUAUUAUUUCAACUACUGUCGCGGCCUGCGGUUUGAGGAAACCCCAGAUUACAUGUACCUUCGAAAACUUUUCCUCGUUUUGUUCCGGAGCUUGGGACAUCAAUAUGACUACAACUUUGAUUGGAAUAAGUUCGAGUAUAAGGCCGUGGCUCCGAGCUCUACGGCUCAUCAGCAGUCAGCGCCACCCAAUGUUCCAUACGGUGGCCGGUAAUACAACACACAGAUACUCAAUUAAUUCCGUUUUUUUAGUAAAUAAUAUUUUUGACCGUACAAUUAAGAAUAUGUUUAUAUAUUAUCUAAAUAUGUGACGAUAGAUUUUGUAGUGUAUAUUACUUAUUAACUUUCGCAAUCGAAUUGACUAUAAGAUCGGGGAUUUCCUACUAGAUAUUAUUUUUUGAUAUUGUUUUUGUAAGUAAUAGAUUGACUUAUAGAAAUAAAUCCCUCAGUAUUACAUA